GAUGAACAAAUGCGACAGAUCUUGAGUCGCAGUCACAGAGUCGACAAGACUGCUCAGUCAGACGUCAGCUACACUCCCUACACUACGUCUACAGAGAGAGUGCAGCAAUUUAUAUUCGAUUGUUCUGUCGUGUAGAUCUAGAUAACAUUUACAUGUGAUCAUGUCGAUUUUUCAUGUUGUUUAUUGCCAAUUGCGUUCCUGCUGACAAUGGCUGAGAACAAUGUCAUCAGCAUAUGAGACUGAAGUUCUAGCUCCAAGGCUACAACCAGCAGACUAGAUUAAUGCAUUUGCAACAGGUUCCUUAUAAACGGUCGUUAUUCACCGUUUAGUUUCCUUGUGAUAUUACUUCAUAUCUUGUAAUCAGUCAUUAACUUUAAAAUGCAACUUUAUGACUGCACUCUCCGCAAGAGCGAUAUUUUAUACUGAGGAUUGAUACAUUGCUAUACUGAAGGCAACUUUUCCAAGAACCUCUGAAAACUUUCAACAGAAAUGUCAAACAGACCAAAUAGAGGUCCAAACCCUCAUGGGUUGAAACUGACUAGCUUAGAUCAGAUAUGGGAUGAUUUGAGAGCAGGUAUUCAACAGGUCUACUCCAGCCAAGCAAUGCCCAAGAAACGCUACAUGGAGCUGUACUCCUAUGUAUAUAACUACUGUACAAAUGUUAAUCAGCUUCAGCAGGCUAGGACAAGUUCAGCUAAGAGCAAAAAGGGAACAGUGCAAGGUGGCGCACAAUUUGUGGGCCUAGAACUCUACAAAAGACUUCGGGAUUUUCUUAGAGAUUAUCUUGUGAGCCUAAGACAAGAUGGCUCUGACCUUAUGGAUGAGAGUGUAUUGACAUACUACACAAAGCAAUGGGAAGAUUACCAAUUCUCCAGCAAGGUAUUGGAUGGCAUGUGCUCCUACCUCAACAGACAUUGGGUAAGGAGAGAGUGUGACGAAGGGCGCAAAGGCAUCUAUGAAAUCUACUCACUUGCUCUUGUCACAUGGAGAGAACAUUUGUUCAAACCACUCAAUAAACAGGUCACUAAUGCUGUUUUGAAGUUAAUUGAACGGGAGAGACAUGGAGAGCCCAUCAACACACGUCUGGUUAGUGGUGUGAUCCAGUGUUAUGUUGAACUUGGUUUAAAUGAAGAUGAACCAGCUACUAAAGGGCCAACAUUGAGUGUGUAUAAGGACUCCUUUGAAAGUCAGUUUUUAUCUGAAACAGAACGUUUCUAUACGUCAGAGAGCACUGAGUUUCUAAGACAGAACCCUGUUACAGAAUAUAUGAAGAAGGCUGAGACAAGAUUACUUGAAGAAAGAAGGCGUGUACAGGUUUACUUACAUGAGAGCACACAUGAUGAUCUUGCUAAGAAAUGUGAGAGGGUACUCAUCAAGAAACAUCUUGAAAUCUUCUACUCAGAAUUUCAGAAUCUCCUUGAUGCUGAUAAGAACGAUGACCUUGCAAGAAUGUACAGUUUAGUUUCACGCAUACCAGAUGGACUAGGUGAGCUAAUGACACUCCUAGAGACCCACAUUUGUAAUCAAGGAUUGGCUGCUAUUGAAAAGUGUGGAGAAACAGCUGUCAAUGAUCCUAAGCUGUAUGUACAGACUAUCCUUGAUGUUCACAAGAAGUAUAAUGCCUUGGUUCUCACUGCUUUCAACAAUGACUCGGGAUUUGUUGCAUCACUAGACAAGGCCUGUGGAAGAUUUAUCAACAGCAAUGCUGUUACAAAGAUGGCAAAUUCAUCCAGUAAAUCUCCAGAGCUCCUGGCUAAGUACUGUGAUUCACUGCUAAAGAAGAGUUCCAAGAAUCCAGAAGAAGCUGAAUUGGAAGAUACAUUAAAUCAAGUGAUGGUAGUGUUCAAGUACAUUGAUGAUAAAGAUGUUUUCCAGAAGUUCUACUCCAAAAUGCUUGCAAAAAGACUGGUUCAUCAUAAUUCAGCCAGUGAUGAUGCAGAGGCUAGUAUGAUUUCAAAACUCAAGCAAGCGUGUGGAUUUGAGUACACUUCCAAACUGCAGAGGAUGUUCCAGGAUAUUGGUCUUAGCAAAGAUCUUAAUGAGCAAUUCAAGAACCAUCUUGCAAGCAGUGAAGCAUUGGAUAUUGAUUUCAGCAUUCAAGUUCUUUGUUCAGGGUCAUGGCCUUUCCAGCAAGGUUUUACCUUCAUUCUCCCUAGUGAGUUGGAGCGAAGCUUUCAACGGUUCACCACAUUCUAUGGUAGCCAGCAUAGUGGCAGGAAACUGAUGUGGAUAUUUCAGAUGUCUAAAGGAGAGCUGGUCACCAGUUGUUUCAAGAAUAGAUACACAUUGCAGGCUUCAACAUUUCAGAUGGCUGUACUAUUGCAGUUCAAUGUCUCAGAUUCAUACUCAUUACAACAGCUCCAUGACAACACACAGAUCAAAAUGGACAUACUGACUCAAGUAAUUCAAAUACUUCUCAAAUGCAAAUUGUUAGUUGGGAAUGGAGAUGAUGGUGAUGAUGUGAAGCCAACAACAGAAGUCAAGUUAUUCCAGGGCUACAAAAACAAAAAGCUGCGAGUAAACAUUAAUGUUCCAAUGAAAACAGAACAGAAACAGGAACAAGAAACAACACACAAACAUAUUGAAGAAGACCGAAAGCUUCUUAUUCAGGCUGCAAUAGUUCGUAUAAUGAAGAUGAGGAAAGCUUUGAGGCACCAACAGCUCUUGAGUGAAGUCUUGACCCAACUCUCUGGUAGAUUCAAACCCAAGGUGCCUGUUAUCAAGAAAUGCAUUGACAUUCUGAUUGAGAAGGAGUAUUUGGAACGUGUAGAUGGUGAAAAGGAUGUUUAUAGCUACCUAGCAUAGAAUGCUUAAUGCUUGGUAUGAAAGAACAACUUGGCCUUCACACAAAGAACUCAAAGGACACAUGUUUUUUCCCUGCUGAAAUCUGUCUACUACUGACUUAAUAUAGUCAUUGUAGAUAGCCAUCUUUGUGAGAUGAUUCGGACCUUGGACCAUGCAAGACUUCAGUUUGUUCCAGUCAGGUCCUCACCACAAGUCACUUUGACCAAGCUUCAACAACCUUGAAUUUACCCAUUCAUCAUCAAGCAGAUUAGAAAAGAAAGAACUUUAGAUGUCAGUUCCGUGUUGAGGGGGAUUAUUUAUAGAUGUCUCACUGAUAUUUUUACUGGACUCACAAGACUUUGUUACAUCUUCAUAAUAUGAUGUCAUUUUUAACAAUCUACAUCUUGAAAUGCAAGUCCAUGUGGUGAGAUUGUUUUACCUGUUCAUACCAGAAAUAUUUUUUGCCCUGUAUAGAUAUCAUACAUAUUAAAUCACGGAUGUCAUGAUUGAUUUCCAAUGUCAAUGUUAUAUAGUCUCUCUGGACCAGACUGCCUGAAAAUUAUCAGGAAUGCAAAGAUUUAUAGUGGUCAGAACAUAUUUUAUUCACUGCAUAAUUAUGUUGUACAGUGUUCAUUACACUAUUUCCACCAUCUCUCUCAAAAGAAAUCUGGAUCUUAAUGCACGCAUGUACCAAUAGUUCAUUUGAUUAUCAGUGUUUCAUUGUUUGGUUGUAUAAUUCUGUUAUAUGAUUUGUUUACUCAUACUCACAUAGUAAAUAUGCAAUAGGUCCCAGUAUGUUUUUUGUUUUCACACAAAAUUGUUGUUUCCAAUUUUUUAUAAGUUAAUUUAUAGAACAUCUAUGCUAAUAAGUUGUAUUGAGAUGAACCUGAUGAAUUAGUUGGAAGUUAUGUUGUUGAACAAAAUAACAGAAACACAUUCAUUUACAUAAUGUAUGGUCUUGAUAUUUGCCACGUCACUUACUGUAUUUGAAAAAAUCUGUGCUCACAACAAUGUAAUUCACCAUGAAAACUCAGAGUUGGCUUGUCUUUUUCUCAUUUAAAGUCUUUACAUUUAGCAUGAAAGUUAUAUGUGAUUUGUACUUCCAUAUGUGACUUUGUGAUAUUGUGACCAUGGUCUAAUCUGUCAGCAGCAUUCAGAAGAUCGUCAUUUGUUCAACUUAAAAGCCUGCCGCACAUUAUACAAUCCGACUGCGACAAUACUUCUGAGAAAAAAAAAUCACAUUUUGCAUUGAAUAUCAAAGUUCAAAUAAGUGAAAACUGACUCAUUUGAAGUUCAGAGUAAUGCUAGGAAUACUAAAAUCCACAUUCUGCUUUCCUGCAAUACUUUUAGUCAGAGUAGAGUCUAGAUCAUCUAUAAUUUUAAAAUCAAGAUUGCUAUGACGUAACUACAAUAUAGAGUUGACUUUGCUUUUAUUCAUACAGAUAUAUUUGCAAUAGACCUGAAUUUUUAUUUUAUUCAUACCAUUAUUUAGAACUUUGAGUUUAACAAUUUUAUUGGUUAGAAUGUUCACAUCAAAUGCUACUACGAAUAUUUCCGAAAUUGGAUUGCAGCAGCUUGUGUAGUGUGCAUUGGGCUCAAGAACAACUGCAGUCCUGGCAGAGGAUCUAUCAACUCACUUCUGUAAAAACUAUAAUUACAUUUAAGUAAGUCAUAGCAUUUGACUACCAAGCAGUACUUUUAUGAUAAAUCCUUUUAAGUGAUUCUCUGUAGGUAUAACAUUAACUCUUGGUUACAUGCAGCAUGCAAAUUACAUGACAAAUGCGUAUGUAAUUGUUUGUACCAUUGUGUUCAAUACUAGUAAAUGAUAACCAAGAAAAAUAAUUGCCAUUAUUUGUACCAGGGGGGAAAUACAUGGGGGCAUGUGAAAAAUCAGAUAAGCAGGACAUAAAUUAUUAGUGCUUUCUAAAAAUUUCUUUUGAAUUCAUAAUUGGAAGUGCUAAAUUAAUGAUAUAAGGAAAUUUUGUUCUCAUUUGUUAUUUUGAGUUUUGGAGUAAUUUGUAAAAUUACAUACCUGUGAUAAAGAGGAAAUGUCAGUGUCAUUUCAAUUGUAAACCAUUACACUUUUGGUCUUGACAUUGUGAUUCACAACUUAUAUCCUAUCCAUUUCCUAUUCACUUCCUGUUGGAUAGAAUGUACCGGUAAUUUACAUUUACAUGAUAUUUUAUUACAUCAAACCUUGCUUAAAAUGUGAAUAUUUAUUGCACAUUUCUGUAAGAUCUUCACCAUAUGGCACAGUGUUCACCUCACCUCUCAUGAUAAGAAGAAUUGGAUUCAAUCACACAUUCUAAAGAAACAAUCAUAUUAUAGAGAGAAGAAAUAUUUAUAUAGAGAAAGUGUAAUCAGAAUAUAUAAAGACAUAUAUUCAAAGAUCCAACAUUGGUUUUAUGUAAAUCAUUAUAUUCUAUACUGGUUCUACUAGAAGAGUGAUCAAAGAUGGACUUUAGGCACAAUUUUUCCGUAGAGGUAUCUGAUAUUGCAUUGAAAAUAUGUGAUUAGAAACAUUUUUAUUUGGAACAUUCUCCUUUUCAGAAAUUUAAUUUGUACAGAUACAAAACAGAUUUCUGUGAACAUGGUCUCUGUGAUUGAAAUUCUGAACAAAUGGAAAUAUAAAGGAUGAUGAAACAUUUGAAAAGUCAAUAUUUUGUGGUGAAAACUAUCUUUUACGAUUUAUGAUGAAAUUAUUUCCUCUUUCUUGAGGGGAGAAUCAUAGUUGGGAUAGUAAAGUCUAUAUCAUAAACACAGCAUAUUUUCUAUCAAUUGUGUUGUAUUUAUUGAAUGAAUUUUUAUGUCUAAUUUAUUUUUGUUUCUUUAUCAAAAAUUAAAAUGACCAGUAAUUAAAGUGGCAUUUUGUGCAAGCAUAUGUGUGCAUCAUAUUCAUGUUUUGCUUGAAAUUUUAUAAAUUUAGUUGUCUUUUCUACACAACUUGAUAAGUUAAUAUUGGUGCAUAGACAUUAUUAAUUUCAAUUUUGUUUUCUUUAUUUCAAAACUUUUAUUUCAAGUGAAUAGAAGAUGUUAUGUUAAAGCCUUUUAUUUUGCUAUGUCCAGUUUGUCUGUUUAUGAUAUAUAAUUUUGAACAGCCAUUAUGAUGCUUCUAAUUGUUUUAUAGUGAUCCUAUGACAUAUUUUGUGUUGCUAUGGAAAGUGCAGUCUUCUUGAAAUACAUUUUUUCCAACAGCUGCUUGAAGCAUUGUCACAUCAACCAUUUCCCUCAUGUUCUUCUUUCCUGUGUAUUAUAUCUAUCAGAGUUUUUCUAUCAAUGAUAAAACUUAGUGUCAUUUUUCUGACUCAAAAGUACAUGAUGGAUGAAUAUAAUAUAACUUCUGGAAGUUGAAAAUAAGUUGAGGGGAUUAGUUAAUGAGAGUUUAUAUUCUUGCUCUGCUCAACCUUCCCUUGGUACAUUCAUUACAGAUAUGCUUGCUUUGUGUAUUGUAGAAAUGUAUUGUACUCUGGGCAACACUUACAUUGUAAUAUUUUGAAAAUUGUUAUUAACAUGUAUUAUGAAAUAGA